GUUUCUACUCGUUGCCAGGUGAUUGAUGUGUUGACGUGCGCAUCUUGCUGGCUAAAAGCAUUAUGGGAAUAGGAAUACGUUAAAAAGUCACGCAUACGUCGGCUUUAGAUGACUCUGAUGCGAUCGUUUUAUUUCAUACGUCCUUAGAAGUUUUGAGGAAAUUGAGGUACACUACUAGAAUCGUCAACUUCGGGUUACUUGCGCAUUGGUUUUUCGUUAACGCGACACAUAUUCUGUGCACUCGAGAGCUUCAUCUCGCCCUUGGUGGGCUACAAUAUCAUCCAUGGCUUCAUCUAAUGAAGGGGCAGAGCUCAAGUUCGUAUCAUCUAUUCGCUACAAAUUUGCCAGUGUAUCCGGAGAUGAGAAGAAAUUGAGCGACGCACUAAAUUCUCAGCUUGCUCCCCUUCUCGGUAAAGCUGGUAGUCAGUACAAGGCUGUCCGAGAUGCUACCUUCCAGGCAUUCAUCAGCGUCAAUAACUUCAUUAAACCCGUGGGCGUUGUGCUGCCCGUUGCUGCUCUUGUAGACCAAUACAAAAAGACCAGUUCGCCCAUGGUCAAGCAAUUAGAUCUGAGUCUUAUCAAGCAGGGCAUCCUAAGACUUGAUCAACCCAAACGACGAGAACUUCUACCGAUUGUCCUUCGAGGGAUCUCAAAGGAAACUAACCCGGCUAGUGCGGCCGGAUUCUUUAACAUUUUCCUGCGUUUGCUUCUAGAUAUUAAGAUACCUGGUCGAGGUAGCAACGAGGAUAAUGCGCUUCGAGAGCAAACGGGUCUAUCAGACCCCGCAGAUGCUGGCUACAUAGCGCAAUGGCUCGGCAAGCUCUUUCUCCUGAGACAGGACUUGGCCUUAGCAAAAGAGGAAGAGCUUGACGGAAAGCUACGAGCUUUACCCUCCGGCCUCUCCAUGGAGGAUGUCACUUUCCUAAGAAACAAAAAUCCCCAGGCCUGGCAUCCAGGUAGCCCAUCUAGCCUAAGUUUACCCGAGUGCAAACUGAAGGCUGUCAGUUUCUUAGCCAGUGGAGCAUUUACAGACUCCGAACGACAUAUUCCAGCAAUCUGCGCUGCUGGUUCCGCAGAUUCACGAAUUACGUCAAUCGCCGAUGAUGCUCUGAAGCGGUCAAACGUUGAUCUCGAAAAUAGAAGCGUGGUCAGGGUUCUAUAUAACGCACAUAAGAGCUUUCCAGCUGCUCAUCGGAUACAAAUCCUUAGGCUACUUUCGAAAUCGGUCAUUGCCUGUAGCUUCAGUGAGGAUGUAGUGGAGGCUGUGAAGCAAGAUUUCGAUCUUGGAUCUGGUGAUAAUGCUUCCGUCCUCGGCCUCGAAGCGUUGCGCUUGAAUAAGGCAUUAUUGGCAUUUUUAGGCUGGAUUGCUAGAAACAGUUCUACCUCUACUAAUGAUAGCCACGGCAUGGGCCCUUCUCUCGUCCUUAUUCUAAAGGACUACAUUCUAAGACAAGGAUGGCCGGAACCUACGCCCCAGGGAAAUCAGUCUCAGAUCCAGGAUGAGCUGAAGCUACGGGCCAAUGCGUACGAAACUAUUGGUAUUCUAGCUAGGGGUAGUCGCUUCGAACACAAGGCGAAAGACUCACUUUUAAAAUGGCUUUUCGACUCUCUUGUUUCCGAUCCGAGCCCCGACAUCGUAGUCUACAUCGAGAGCGCCUUGUCUAGCAUGAUGGGUCUCUUCAAACCAACCAACUCGGCGGAAACCCGUGACCUGGAAUUACUACUUCUAGAGUAUAUGACCCUGUCAGAAAGACAAGGCAGAAGGACUGCACGACAUAUAGCGGCACGCUUUGCGAAUAAUAGCCUUCCUUACAGCAAUAUUCAGGCUCGAUGGAUCGAUAUUCUAGCACUAGGCGGUGGAUCUUCUGAACGACGCGAUGUGCUGGAAGAGGGACAACGAGGACUCGAUCCUUGGUGGGCUACUAAACUACACCCCGAUGAUGCGCUAAUCUUACCUGACUGGGUAAGAUUGGUAGAUCUACUCUUCGAUGUUAAACAUGAAGAAGACGAGAAUCGUAUGGACGUUGACCAGACAUCCAAGUACACUCUAUUCCCCGAUAACCAUCUCCAAGCUUUUCCAAUAGCGAUACGUUUCGUCAAGCAAAUCCUUUUCCUUACCGCAUUAAACGAGGAUAAAUUCGAAGUGGACUGGGAAUCCCAACUAGAACGAAAUGUCGAAAACAAUCUAACCACCCGUGGCAGUAUCAGAAAGUAUUUCGCAAGCGUGAACCCAGAGUCUCUUCUAACAGUCCUUAACGCAGCCCUUGAUGGGCUUCGAGAUCACCCAGAUGUCGGCUCUGAGGAGAGCGUUAGGUGUAUUGCAGAGAUAUUGACAUUCGCUCCUUUACCCGUCAUAUCACCCCUAUCCACGAGGACGCGAGAAUUAAUUCCCUUACUCAAGUCAAAUAACCAGAAGGUUAGACAAUUGGCUUCCAAAGCUUUUGGUAUACUCGCACCAUGGAGCAACGAGUCUGCCAUUCUUAUUUCUCAGUUACGAAACUUCGUUGAGUCUAACCAAGAACCAUCGGCUUCUCAAUCUGCAGAAUAUCAAGGCUCGCUUGCUUGCUUGGGCAGCUACUUUUCUCGAGCUGCUUACUAUGGUAAAGUUCAGCCUCAAGAUGUAUCCGAGCAUGCUCAAUUCCUCUAUGAGAGUGUCAUGUCUGCAUUGCAAAAUGGGAGCACGGAUAUCAAGACCGCCGCUCUUGACUCCAUCUCCCAACUCUGGACUGCAAGCGUCCAUUUUCCUCUCAAUGAUGGUGAAUUGAGUAAAACCCUAGACUCACUCGCAAAACUUGCCAUUUCGGGUAAUGAGAAAGCAAUCACCGCUCUAGGAAGGUUAGCGAUCCCUUCUUCAGCUGAUUCAUCGGGAAGUGAGACAGAACCGGUAGCAAAGAUCUUGGACAAGUUAUUCGCGCUAUCAGAUAUUAAGAGGACAGAAGUUCACUUUGCGACCGGUGAAGCAAUUGCUUGUGCGAUUUCCCGUUGGGAUUCUGAGGCUGUACAACUUGGUCUAGAUGUGGAACCCUCAGGAACUGGCCAAUCCGACAUUAUCGAGGCUCUGGGCAAGCGCCCUUCUAGAAUUGAUGCCACGAUCAACAAACUCAUUAGCGACUGCAAGACUACUAAGCCUUCACUUUUGAAGGCUUCUGGCAUAUGGCUUUUCUGCGUCAUUCAAUACUGCUCAAAUCUACCUGAAAUCCAAUCUCGUUUACGCGAGUGCCAAGUUGCUUUCAUGCGACUGCUUACUGCCCGUGAUGAAUUGGUACAGGAGACUGCGUCGCGUGGCCUUGGGUUAGUGUAUGAAAAAGGUGACGAGUCGCUGAAAGGUGACCUUGUUAAGGACUUGGUAGCAAGCUUCACCGGAACUAAAACACAUCUCAAAGUUGACGAGGACACCGAGCUUUUCGAUGCCGGCGCCCUACCAACCGGCGAAGGCAAAUCCAUCACGUCGUAUAAAGAUAUCAUUAGCCUUGCUAACGAAGUUGGGGAUCAAAGUCUCAUCUACAAAUUCAUGGCUUUGGCUACGAACGCCGCAACCUGGACUGCUCGUUCGGCAUUCGGCCGGUUUGGUUUGAGCACUAUCCUAUCAGAUGCAGAAUUGGACCCCAAGAUCUAUCCAAAGCUAUAUCGAUAUCGGUUUGAUCCGAAUUCAAACGUGCGAAGGUCGAUGGACGACAUUUGGAAGGCGGUCGUUAAGGACCAAACGGUCGUGAUCGACACACACUUUGAUGCGAUCAUGAACGACCUGUUGAAGAGCAUAUUAGACGGAAGAGAGUGGCGGGUACGAGAGGCAAGCUGCGCGGCGAUUGCUGAACUCAUUUACGGCCAGCCAUUUCCCAAGUACGAAAAAUACUACACGGAAAUCUGGAGAUCGACGUUACGAGUCCUAGACGACCAGAAAGGUUCGGUCCGAGCGGCUGCGCUCAAGUUAUGCAUGGGCUUGUCGAAAACACUUGUCACGCAACUCCAAGAAAAUAACGCUUCCUCUUCUUCUAAGGCCAUGAUUACCCAAGUUGUCCCAUUCCUGUUGUCCGACAAGGGAAUAGAAAAUUCGGCCAAAGAAGUGAAGCAAUUGUCGAUCAUUACAGUUCUUGACGUCGUAAAGAAUGGUGGUGAUGCACUGAAGCCCUUUAUUCCAACUAUCAUUACACAUUGCCUUGGGCUGCUGAGCACCGUGGAACAUGAAGCGGUCAAUUACUACUACCAACGAGUCAGCGAGGAAGACCGUGAAGGCCUCGAUAAGUUACGAAGUACUUUUGCUACACGAUCGCCCAUUUUCGAAUGUGUCAUCGACUGUUUGCGGUUCGUCGACGAAGACGUCAUGAAGGAAUUAGCUCCGCAAUUGAUAUCGACCAUAAAAUCUGCUAUUGGGAUGCAGACGAAGAUUGGCUGCAGUGAAGUUCUCAACACCUUAGCCCUACGGCACAGCAUUCUCCUACCGCCGUACAAUGCAACGUUUCUUAAGGCGAUGGAAAUGCAGAUUCUGGACCGGAAUCAUGAAACCAGCAAAGCCUAUGCGAGAAGCGCCGCAUACUUACUAAGAUCUGCGAGUGUAGAGGCCCGAGAACGGUUUACUUCUAGACUCUUGGACUUGUACUUCGAGUCCGAGGACGAUACCAGGCGCCAGAAAAUUGCGGAUGCAGUCUUGGCCAUUGCUAAAAUUUCGCCAGAUGCAUUUACCGACCUGGAGGCUCGUCUCCUGCCCUUUGCAUACUUUGCCAAGCAUGACACCGAUGAAUACGUCUCGGAGGAGUUUGAGGCCACCUGGAGUCAACACGCGGGUGGGAGCCAUAGUGUAAAGCGCUUUGUUGAUGAGAUCACGCAGAUCGUGUCCCGGGGCUUGAAUACGUCGAAGUGGGCUCUCCAACAUGGUGCCGCCUUGACAAUCGCAUCCAUGAUCACUGCUCUCAGCAGUGCUGUCGGAAAAUACCUACAGUUCACGGACGCGGAUUUGCAAAAGAUUUGGCCUGUGCUAGAUAAGGCUCUAGCGCUCAAGACAUUCAAGGGGAAAGAGAAGCUGGUGACAGCGUAUCCCCUCUUCGUGCUUCACGGCAAGAAGCUCUGGGACACGGAUUCUGUCUUCGCUGCUCAGCUGAAGAAGAUAGCCAUACGCGAGGCAAAGCGGAACAACGACGAAUACCGACCCUAUGCAUUUGAGGCACUCGCGGAGUUCGCUAGCGCCCGGGAGGACUUGGAUAUGUAUGCGGAGGUAGUCGGCCUGGUGUCGGAAUACUUGAAACCUGACGACGAAGCACACAAAGUCACCGAGUUGGAGCGAAGGACGGCCGAAGCAGCACUCAAAGCUGCUAUGACAGCUUAUAACCGCCAGAAGAUGCGAUCUACCCCAACUUCGGUAUUGGGAGACGUGGUUACUACAAUGGAAGGGGCAAGACAGGCAAUUUCGCUAGCUAAGGAUGCAUGGUUUAUCAGCAUAACCGAAAUCAUGAACCAAGCAGCUGCAUCGGAAGGUUCUCCCGAUUCAACAGCCGCAGUGGUAGCUACUCGCUGGUUCCGACUCUUGGUGGCAAAUGAGAGUGACGUUGCUCUUGAGAGCCAGCGUUCAAGCAGGGCCAAGGCGCUGGAUGCGUUCGUAAAGGCGUGGAAGAAAGGCGUCUUUGGGUCAACUAGCGAACAGGGUUCGUUACGCGAAGAGAUAGAACAGAAGCUGAAGGCAAUGGCGGAGGCAGAUCGGUCUAUAGACGUGCAGAAGCUUUUGGGCCAGGUCGCUCAACAGCUGGCAGCCUGAUUUGGUGAAGGAAACAUUGCGAAGAAUUGGCGUUUGGGAAUGAUUGUAUUGUUUCAUAAAUAUACAAUCAUCGAUUCCGUGAACAGUGGAAUAACUGCGUUAUUCAAGGAUGAUAGAGGUCUCCUAUGUAGGUACAAACUUCGUGUUUGCCGCCAUAGAUCUCCAUAUGUAGUCAGUAAUCAAUAUAGCAGUUCCUACGCAUCUACCUGCGUAGUUAUAUGCGAAA